AGCAGCAAGAAAAUUUGACAGUUGGCGGGCAUCUGGCUUCUCCUUUUCUCCUCGAUGCCAACCGUGGCUGCCCACGUAUACCGGGUGUCGCGUGGGUGUGCGUCGCUCGUGCUGUACGCGUGCACGUAGUGGGGAUCCUUCGGUGGUACUUCACUGGCUCGUACGGAAAGGAAAGGAAAAGAGUGGUGUACCUACAGCUGUGCCUGUAAACGCGAUUAUGUUUCGUCGCUGGCAAACCCAUUCAGUGCUUCUUACGGCACGAAGGAACUUGGUACUGUCGCUUCAAGCGUUCCGUCGCGGCAACACGCGUCCUCGCUCGCUCUUCGAAUCGCGUAUUCCCUUCGAGUUGCAGCGAGGAGGAAGUCGCGCGUAGGACUUUGCAUAGUUUCGACCACGAAAUCACGGGUGUGCACGAGUUUUCGGCCAGGUCUGUUUGUUUUUUCCGCUUCCGGGGAAACGGAACCGCGUGCGUGGACCGCGCGUAAGCGUACAACGCUAAUCCGUAAGUAACUUGUACGCGAUAGCAGUGAAAAUUAUUCUCGAUACCAGCGUUUCGAUACCACGUUUGUGCCGGUCCUCGUGGAAAUAGGAAUUUUUGCCUUUCGUUUCGAGAGAGGGAGAGAGAAAAAAGAGAAGAGGAAAAGAAGAGAGAAAAAAGAGAAAAAGAAAAAAGAGGAGGAGGUUGUGCGUGCAGCACAACGUGCAGCUGUUUCUUUACGUGGGAUCGUAAAACAGUUUGGAGGUAACGAGAGAGCGGGAGAAUAGUUUCCGUGAUUAGAAAUUCUACUACGAAGAAGGACAAAUCGAGUCGAGAUAUCGAGAAGAGCGGCCGAGUUUACCAGAACCGGGCCUGUCUGUCGCAUCGUGGCCAUCGUUUGGCCUAGCGUGCGCUUAACGAGAAUCCUCGCGUCGUGAAACGUUGUCCACGUUUGAAGGAAAUGGAUGGGGAUGCGAGAACGCGAGAAUGACGGUUAAACGAUCGGGAGAAGGGAAGGACAAGAAGAUAGGCGAGAGGUAAAAGAAGAAGAAGAAGAAGAUGGUGUACAGAGGCAGUUUGCAGACCGACGAUCCCAGGGAUGCACCGAGGCUGGUCAGGAUGUCACCGCUCAGAAGCAGCAGGCCGAGCGAUCCCGUGCCCGAUUCACGAGCAGUUUCCUCCAUUAAUAGCCCGAUGUAUCACGGCCCGUUUGUGCCAGCAAUCGACGUUCAUCGGGCCAAAUUGAUCGAUGAAAGACGUAUGCCCCGUUGUGAAAGAGAGAUCGAGUCAAUGGAGAAGGUGAUUAUGAGGACGACCGGGGUCAAGGUCGGGGCGCCAAGGCUGCGGAACAUCAGUCAGAUACGGGACACGGUGUUCGUCGAUCCGGCACUGAUACCUAUGGAGAAGAUCGGCCGGGUGGAAAAGGAUCGGCCGAGAACAAUCGCGAUCGAAGGCGCGACCGGUAGAUCGUCGAGGGCGCCGAGCUCCAUGCUCGCCGAUUUGAAGGAUCUGGAGAGAUUGAGGAACACGCCUCCGGCUCAGAGGUAUCAGAGGGGGAUCGCGGCGGCGAAGAAGAGCGAGGCGAGAUCUUCUGUCGCGCCUAAUAAAAAAUCGGAGAUCUCGAGUUCGGCCAAGAUUCGAUCGGACAUCUUCAAGAUACAACAGAUGUUCCAAAGCCCCGAUAACUGUCCGAGGACGGUGGUGAAAUGUUCGAACGAGAAGAAGAUCGAGAAGAGGAACGAGUGCGAGAAGAGAUCCGGGGGGGAAAUUAAUAAAACGAGAUUACUCGCUCAAAAAUUGUUGGAGGCGUCCCGAAGCAAUCGGGAAUCGUUGAAGGAUCGUUACAAUAAUCCGAGGAACGCGUCCAAGGUUGGUAAAAGCGUGAACGGUAAAAGUGCGUCGAGUAAGGCGUGUUCGCAGAAGAGCGGCGUGGAUCCCAAGCGAUCCGAGAAAGGGAAAAGUGUCGUAGGGUCGGAGGAGAUACACCCGCAACCUCCUAUUCGUAAGAGAAAAGAAUGGAAGAACGGACGCAGCUGUGAAACGGACAAAACUACGGUGGACGAUCCCGGGAAGGAGGAUAAGAACGAUAUCGAGGAGGAUUCGAGGAGCGGCGAGAACACGGGGAAAGAAAUUGAAACGUCGUCGAACGACGACAAUCGUUCGAACAACGGCGAUCCAACGGAUGAGUCAAGAGCGAGAACGAAGGAGCUCAACAGGCCGGAUAUUCUGGACGGAUUGUUGAAGGAGUGCGAUCGGCAAAUGGCGGACUUGAAGUCGGAUUUGCACGAGAGGAGGAGAUCGCGAAGCCAUUGGAGAGGAUUCGUGCAAUCGAUGAGGCUGCACGACGUCGAGCUUCAUUCGGACACCGAGGAUCAACGAAAGGACCUGAAUUUAUGGAACAAGAGCAUCAGUCAACGAUGGAGGAAACUGAGGAGGAGAUGCUCCGUCCAGGAGAGCUCGGAACCACAGGAGGCUCUGAUACAAGGUGGAACGACCCAGGGGGUUAUUCAACCCGUAAGGUCCAGCCCGGCUAGCAGGGAGUCCUCGCCUGCCGCAAAGAGCCUUCAGGACGGCAGUUCGCCCAAGAAAUUGUUGCAAACUAGUUCCCUCAGAUUACCAGGUACCACCAAGGGUAUAGCUGACAUCCAGCACGUUCUACGAAGCAAGUUCAGCAAGAUAAACGCCGGUAUUCGGAAGAGGAAAGCUCUGAGCGUCACGGAGGUGUUCUCGCAAAAGGACAACGCGUCCAAUUUCUACGUUCCAAGCCCCCUGACCUCGUCGAGCAGUCAGAACUUCGACGGAGACGGCUACGAUUCCAGCGAGCCGACCUCUCUUCCACCCUACCCUUUCCACGACAAUCUCGAAACGCUGGCGGAGGGAAGCGUGCCGAAUUCACCCAAUUGCAGCAGCCCGUUGACCAACGCCAGUAAGACGUUCACGUAUUCUCAAAGCGGUAGCGCGUACGACUCGCCGAUUCUUUGCCACGAUCAAAGCCAGAAGGACGCGUACGAGAACGUGUUGUACGCCGAUUCGUCCCCCGGGUGUUGCCCAAGAUCCAGGGCCGUGUUGCAACGAAGCAACUCGGAGAAUCGCGACGGCUCGUGCAGACACCAGGAACACUCGUACGAGAACGUGCGUUUUCAACGAGGUCACAGGUCGGAGUUGACGCCCUCGGCCACACCCCAUUCCGACAGACACUUGGCGAGAAGCAACUCGGAAACGAGGGACCAUCACUCGUACGAGAACGUCCAUUUCCAGAAGAACGCGAAGCCCAGAAGUCAAACCGACGCCUCGUUCGAGGAGAUUCACAUACCGAGGGUGACGCCAAGAAAGAGGAUGACCGAUUUCAAAGUCGGUGGACAAGUGAAUAAUUAUUCCAAUUCUGGGCCUGGAUCACCGUGCGUGAACAAAGAGGACGGCCCGUCCAGUUUGGGGGCGGAAAGGAGCCCCGGCAAGAAGACGACCAGACGAAUGAACAGCAGAAGCGUUGCCAAUAUUCCUAGCUCCUCCGGUUCCAGUUUGAAGACUUGGCAAGGUACACAAGACACGGACGAAGGCCUGAAUACCGACUCCGAACUCGAAGACAUCGACGAAGCUGGCGAGGGUGAAGAGUCGAGAUUCUGCACCCUACCGAGGCCAGGCAAGGGUGGCGCGUCAUUCACGAUACUGACGGCUAGAUUUCUAAAGGGUCCUGGACACAAAGGACUCGGUUUCAGUAUCGUCGGCGGUACGGACAGUCCUCGAGGGAACAUGGGCAUUUACGUGAAAACGGUCUUCCCCAAUGGGCAGGCCGCGGAUCUUGGAACCGUCAAGGAAGGGGACGAAAUUUUGUCGAUAAAUUCGAAACCUCUUCACGGUAUGACGCACGCCGAGGCGAUCGCCGAGUUCAAGUCCGUGAAAGCUGGGGACGUGGUUCUGCACGUCGGACGUCGCGUCAACAGGAAGAAAAGGGACUCUCUCACGUUACCACCUGCCGGACCACCGCCUCGCCAUCAAGUCAAAUGAAUCGUUGAAAUGAAUCUCCUUCUGUCGCGUUGUUCCGCGCGAAAAUCAAGUUUUAAAAGGAUCGUAUUCCGCGCAGAUCCUUUCCCGCACAUCACAACCCUUAUUUUCGUUCGCAAUAACAAACUGGGCUGGGUCUGCGUUUAUUUAUCGGCGCAACAACGAAUCGAUUUCAAUUUUUUUUUUUACCAUUUUCGCACGUGCGUUUCAAUAUGUGUUCGGGAUAACGUUGCUUUUUAACAAUCGGAUAUUUUCGUAUUCUAUUUCGAAUUGUAUUUUAGACAUCCUUCUCUCUUUAAGGAUACGUUGUUUCGAAACAAUGUGAAUUUCAACGGCAAUUCGUCGCGUGCUCGAGUCCAACGCGACGAAAUAAUUUGUUCGCGGUGAAUUGUAAAAGAACGGAGAAUGUAAUCGAGGUUGUCGAGAUAUUUAGAGAAACGAUUGCUUCCCACGAAAGUGUCGGCGAAAGUUUUGAACGUUUGAAUUCUCGAGAGAAAAUUUUUCUCUCCUUCGGCGAAGAUCGAUAUCGUUCGAAUCGAAGAGGUGGAGAUCUGCUGCCUUCCAAGCAAAAUAGCCAAAGAGUGCUAUGGAAAAUAUCGAAUUGAAAAAACGAUAUGAUAAUAUAUACCGAUAUAUUAUGUCUAUCGAUAUAAAUUUUUACUCGACUCUCAAUAACGAUCGAAAUAUUUAAUCAAGCUGUUCUAGCUUUUGUAAUCUUUUCUCGUAUCCAACUUUUUACGAAGAGGAUGUAUUUUUAACGAAAUUUCGGCGUCGGAUGAUGUUUAUUUUGAAAAGAAAAAGAAAAAAAAAAGAAAAAAAAAAAAAAGAAAAAGAAAGAAAACAUUCUCGAAUCGUUGAAUCGAAGCUGCGCGAACUGGGGAAGAAUCGAAGUCUUCCGGCUUACUUUAAAUAGCUAUCAGACUACGAUUUAUUUUUGUAUAAAUUGCGAGACAUCGUCACGCGAGAAAUCUUGAAAUCCGUUUAAAACAUCGGGCGCGAGUUGAUUUAUCGAGAAAUCGAUAAAUGAGAAAAAAGGAGGACAGAUGUCUAGACGCAUCGGAAUGCUGCAAUUUCUGAAAUUGCCCGAAGGAACGCGCGUUAAAACAGGAUUUCUCCAACUUUUCACGUUGUCACGUUCGAGCAAGGAUCGAAUUAUUUUUUUAACUACCUUUGCAUAGAGAUAACGAUGAUCGCCCAAAGAUGAAGCCCAAAAAAUAUUUUUACUACGAGAUGAACGAGAACGUAUAAAAAAAACGUAUAGAAACGCAUAUCUAUAGAAUUAUAUAUUAUAUAUAUAUAUAAAAAUAUAUAUAUAUAUAUUUUGACGGAUCGAACGAGACGCGUUUAUUUUAAGGCGAAAAUAAAAUUGUUAUUAGUAUCUAGUCCAUCUGUAAUAUUUCGUUUUUCUCAACAGGAAUAUUUCUCAAUUUUUUAUCUUUCUUUUUUUUUAUUCGUUUCUUUUAUUUUAUAUAGAUAUCGGGAAAAUAAACGAGAAAAAAAAAUAUAUAUAUAUACGCAUAUAUAUAUCUAUAUGGUGAUAUACAUACGAUUAUAUAUU